CUAAAAUAUCUUAUCUUAGCGAUACUAUUCCCAGGCAGUUAAGAACAGCUGAACUCAUGGCUCGUGAGUACUUACCCAGAACCUAAUAGGUGAGAGGGUGUCUGCUUGCUUCCCUUUGUCGUUUGUUAUACUGCAAGCCUUCUCAGGUACUUACAGUUUAGAGUUUGCUGGAUUAAUAGUUACUCGGUUUAUUCUGAGAGCUUGUUCUCUGAAGACUGUAAUUUAGGACAAGCAAUAAUACUUGCAGUGUUCUAUUCUCAGACUACAAUUAAACCGUAAUGGACCCUAACUUCCCGUCCGGACCUAACGCACCUCGUUCACGACCUUCUAGCCGUUUGUGCAAUGUUGACAAACAACCUCGUAGAGUCUCUUCCAAAAGCUCUUAUAAUUUAAAAAGAGAAGAAACCAAUGAAGAGAGUACGGAUGCUCAACCCUCGAAUGACUUUGUUAUGCCCGUUAUAGUCGACUUUGAAGAGUCUUAUGCCCCUACUAAUUAUGAAUCCGAGCUGUAUCGUCGAAGCAGUUGGCAAUUGUCAAACUCGCAAUCUUUUUCAAAUCCACAGAAUCGCAUUUUGCAGGAACAUGCUACCUCAGAAAAUGGUGCUAUAGGAGGAUCAAAGGAUAAUCGCAUAGAGGGAGAGGGACGUUCCGGAGCUCGACCUCCUCGUCCUACAUCUGCAAUGAGCGGAGAUUCGCUGACAUUGAAGGACAGACAGAAUGCCUUGAAUGCAACACGGGCGUUUGGUAUACGUCUUUGGAAGCCUGCUGUCUAUAAGAAACACCGUUCCAUGGAUAACGAAGCUGAGGCAGACAUUCACGAUGAACCCGUUAGAAGAUCUAAUCCGUCUCUUAUUAAUUUGUUUUGGGUGUUCUGUUUUGGUGUUCCACUGUUUUUUAUCACGUUCAGUUGUUGGUUGGUAUUACGGAUUUGUUCUUGUAUUGACUCUUUCCAAUUGGUCCCUUAUGCACAACGGUGCCAAGGAUUGAUGUGGUAUCUUUUGUAUCCAUUUGGUAAACAUGUUCGUCAUAAACUUCACCCAGUUGGAACUGGCUCGGUCAAUGGCAACAGUGCUACAUACUCUCGUCGGUUCUCCGCUGAUGCUCCUCCUAAUUCUCCAAACUUCUUAAACUACUCCUUUGUUGUGAAUCCGAUGAAUCGUUCACUCAAUUGCAAGGCGCCAAGAACCUGGACUCUUGGUAGACUUAUUUACGAUUUUCUUUAUUUUACGCUGCUUGCACCUUCGAUGUUGCUCGUUGCUUGUAUUUGCAGUUUCUCCGUUUUCUUUAUCCCCUGUGCUCGUCUUCUGUUUGUUCUUUGCAAGCACUUGCGCAAAUGCCCUCUUGAAAUCAGCUUCCGUUCUAACGUUGCUCUCCCUCUUCCGCAAAACUCCCCUGACAUGGUACUUUUGUGUAUUAAGCGUGCUGCCAGUUUGAAGUAUUACAAGUACACUCUGGGUGGUUGUAACAUCCUUUACAUUAACAUGUUCUUUAUUAUUAUUCCUACGAUCGCCUUUCAUUAUUUAUUGGAACCAGGAGCUUACUGGUUCUCCUCCCCCUCCGUAAUCUUUUGUGCUGCUCUGGUGAGCAUUGUCCCUUUGGCUUAUUUUAUCGGUAUGGCUGUUGCUUCUAUUUCCGCCCAAAGCAGUAUGGGAAUGGGUGCCUUUAUCAACGCCUUCUUCGGCUCUGUUGUCGAGGUUUUUCUUUACUUAGUCGCUUUAAAGAGAGGCAACGGUAAACUUGUUGAAGGAAGUGUCGUUGGCAGUAUUCUCGCAGGUGUGCUUUUAAUGCCAGGAUUUUCCAUGUGUGCUGGUGCCGUUCGAAAGAAGUUUCAGUUCUUUAAUUCCAAGUCUGCUGGAGCAACAAGCACAAUGUUGCUGUUCUCUGUUCUUGCUGCAUUUUCUCCUACCUUGGUUUCCCACAUUUAUGAUACAUUUGAGGAAGUUUGUGUGCCAUGUGGUGAGAACUGUCAACGUUGUACGACAAAGAGUGAGUUAGAUGACACACCUUUCUUCCGUAACAACAUUCGUCCUUUUGCCUAUUGGUGUGCAGCGUUGCUUCUUUGUGCUUACGUUGUUGGACUUUGGUUUACACUGCGUACACAUGCUGCUCACAUUUGGCAAAACACUGAUGCUGCAAUGCUUGAGGAAGAGGUGGAAGUUAAUGCAACGGAAGUUGUUGAGGAAGCCCAAGCUGAACCCUCUCAAACGCAACCACCUUUGGAACGUCAUUGGUCCACUUCAUCUGUGGGGACACUUUCCGAACUUUUGCAUGAGCGCGACUUGCUUCGCCCGCAGGCUGCUGAACAGCUCCCCUUGGAUACCCGAAAUGCCGAAACAUCUCUUACGGAACCGGCGAAGCCUAAGAAUCCUCACGGUGAGGAUGCCCCUAACUGGUCUCGUGAGAGAAGUACGGUUAUUUUGCUUGUUGCUACAGUUCUUUAUGCUGUCAUUGCAGAGAUCUUGGUCAAAAAUGUCGAUACGGUCCUUAAGAACUUUCCCAUUAAUGAAAAACUACUUGGUCUCACGAUUUUUGCCUUGGUGCCUAAUACUACCGAAUUUAUGAAUGCUAUCUCCUUUGCUCUGAAUGAAAAUAUUGCACUUUCUAUGGAAAUUGGAUCAGCCUAUGCCUUGCAGGUUUGCCUUCUUCAAAUUCCCUGUUUGGUUGCCUAUAGUGCUGCUCAGUACUACAUGGCUGGAGGUGAAAUUUCCUUCCACAACAUUUUCCCUAUGGUUUUCCCGCUUUGGGAUGUCAUUUGUGUCAUAAUUUGUGUUUUCUUGCUUACUUAUGUUCAUUCUGAAGGAAAGAGUAAUUACUUCAAGGGAACCAUUCUUGUGUUAUCCUACCUUGUUUCCAUUUUGGGUUUCUACUAUAGUUUAUAAUUUGAGGAAUGAAACGUUCGAUAAUAACGGCGUUUUUACGAGUGAUUUCGUUAUUCCCAAAUUAAGUGGAAAUCCAUCCCUUUGGGAAAGGUAGGUUACUCGGCAAGCUGUCCCAUCUUCGUUCGUUCCUUCCCUUUCAAUUUAUAAUGUCAUUAUAAUUAACUAAUAGAAUAUUUAAUAAUAAAUGAGCUACACUAGUAAACGGUUUACACCGAACCACAGGUGGUCUCAUAAAUAAACGCACAAGACAAUAGAAGUUAAAAC